AUGAGCGGCCGGGCUUCAUCCACCUUCAUUGGGGACAAUACCCAUGGAUCCACGCUCAACCAAGGAUCUAUCGUCACUGGAGACAGCUCACACGUCGGUAACAUCAACCAUUUCCACACGGCUACACAGGAGGAUUCCGCGCGCAAAUCAUGCCUGAGAGACCUCCUGGCAGCUUUAGGGGAUGAUCCGGACGACUAUCGGCAGAUGCUCGAGGACCGCAAAGGACCGAAAACACUGGGCACUUGUGAGUGGGUUUCAUGGAGUGUUGAGUACAACAAUUGGGCUACCAAGUCUUCCGGUCUGCUGUGGAUCUCUGGAGAUGCCGGUAAGGGCAAGACCAUGCUUGCCCUCAAUCUUGUCAGCACGCUGAAAACCCAAUCAUCGGCCGGAUAUGUUGUGCACUUCUUCUGCAGCCGAGAUCAUGGAAAGAAUACCGGCUGCUCCAUCCUCCGCGGUAUCAUCUAUCAACUGCUUGUCCAGAAGGAAGAGUUGUUCGAGCAUAUUUCGGAUGAUUAUGAGAAACACGGAGCCAGUCUUUUCGACGACAGGAAAUUCCAAGCCCUUUGGGCCAUCUUCGCCCGUAUCAUACAUGAUCACAACGUCACAUGCCUCACAUGCAUUCUCGACGGCUUGGAUGAAUGCGACGAGGAAGGCCUUGAAGACUUCUGGACGAAAAUCGAGACUCUUUACAAGGCAGACCCUAAAGUGAAGCCUGGCAUACGUCACCACUCUUUGAGGCUUCUGAUCGUCAGCCGCAAUCAUCCCUACUCCAUUCAGAGAGCACUUGAGGACUGUCCCCGAUUGCGAUUUGAAGGCAAAGGCGAAUAUCACAUGAAGUCUGAUAUUUACAAGUUCAUCGACGAUCGCAUGGCCGGUCUUAAAUGCCCAAGCGAGACGCGCACACACAUCAAGGAAAAGCUGUGUGGUCGAGCGGAGAGCACUUACCUAUGGGUCGGCUUUGCCAUCAAUGCCCUAAAGAAGGUCCGAGUAAUCGACAUGGAAAAGACCGUUGAGUCAUUCCCGCGCGGUCUCGACGCCAUGUACCGUCGUAUGUUGCUGGCAAUCACGGAUCAUGAACGCGCAAGAGUUAUAGAAAUCCUGCGGUGGAUAAUAGUCGCAUUCCGUCCACUGAAUCUACGAGAGCUUGCUAUUGCCGUGAACACAAGCCCAGCGAAAGGUCAAAGCAUGGAAGAUGCUAUCACUGAUGAGGUCGCCUAUGCAGGAGACUUGUUGGUGAUGGAACGAAAUAAAAGCACAGGCAAUCAGGUCGUACGUCUGGUACACUCAUCGGUUCUGGACUUCUUCCGGUCCAUCCAUCAAUCCGAUGUCAGUCUGGAGUUCUUUAUGUUCCAGGAGAUAGCUACACAUAACCACGUUACCCAAAGCCUCUUCGAUUACAUGUUCCAUACUUUCUGCAGUCUGCCUCACACUGGAGGUGAUGUCACCCCGUUCGAAUACAGGGCCCAAUUCCAGAAGAAGGAGUACCCCCUUUUUGAGUACGCACUUACUUACGGCGUUGAACACUUGCUACGAAUUGGAGACGUAAGCCUUAUCGAAAAUUAUCAUCAGCUACUGGACCCAGCCGAAGAGUACCAUGCCCCAUGGUUGCAGCACACAUGUUGUGCAAUGUACGGCCACAAGCCUCGGGAGGGAGUCACCGUUGCUCAUCUGGCAGCCUUGGGGGGUCUGAUUAUCAUACUCGAUUACCUUCACACAAAGCAAUAUGCUAACAUAAAUGCCCAAGAUGGCAGUGGGCGAACGUUGUUGUUUUAUGCCACACUGCGCUGCCAGGUGGAGAUGAUGGCUUGGUUGCUGCUUCAUGGUGCCGAUCCAAACCUUCAAGACUCCAACCAAGAAACACCAUUGCAUAUUGCUGCUGGAAAGAAUCGACUCGACGUUGUUGAACUUCUUAUUAAUCACGGUGCACAAACAUGUAUCCAGUCAUCAUCUUCCGAUCUCAGAAGGGGCCUAAUUUGGGGUCGAGCUAACGACGAAUUUGCAAGACUCGGGGUUGGUUAUCGCGGUGGAACUCCUGUUCGUGUUGCUGCGAUCAAUGUAAACUUUCCUGCGCUACCUACUAUACUCGCUCGCUUUUUGCAAGAAGGUGGAUCGAUUAACGACACCGACGAAGAUGGUUGUACCGUCCUCCACGAGAUCGGAACCUUCUUUCAAGAGUAUCCACGGCGUUCUUGGAAGACGUUAAGCGAAUUGUUUAAGUCUUUCGAUGACUUUGAUCCCGACAUUCUGGACGAUGAUGGAGAAUCUGCUCUGCAUAUUGCCUCACGUGGGGAGUAUGCUCUGCAUGUGAGCGGCCAAUACUUCAAUCCACCAAUGUCUUACCCAAACAAUGACGGCUUCGAUGAUGAUGAUGAGGAUUCCAGAGAGAGGGAUUGGAACGCUGUUAGCGCACUGAUAGAACUGUUCGGGGCAGCUGUCGACAUCCGAACAUCCACUGGAGCAACCCCGCUACACCUCGCGUGCAAGAAGGUGGAUCCCAGCCUAGUCGAAUACCUGCUUCGCAAAGGUGCCGAUCCGCGAUUAUAUGAUCAGUCUGGACAAAACGCACUGCACUGGCUUUGUAGCCAAAGGCAAAACGGGUUUGAUAAGAGACCCGAGAUUUGGUGCAUGCUAGCACAGGGCAUGACUUUGGUGGAUAUUGAAGCUAGAAUGGCCGAUGGCCAAACAGCUCGAGACCUUGUUGCCAAGUUUGAAGCAAAAAAUCUGGGGAGCGAUGAUAGUGGCGAUAGUGACCUGGAACCAGAUGUUGAGGGACCUGCAGAGCCAGUACCCCAGCCUCAGGAAGAAAGUUACCUUCUUGGGGGGCGCGGACGUCCUUUUGCUUUUUCCGGAGAUUUUGUUUUCAUUCAAAACAGACUUCUUGUUCUGAUUGAUGACAUGCUUGUGUUGAUCAAGAGCGAGCCUUCAAGUAGAGCAUUUGCGCGGUUGCAGCGACUAGUCGAGGAGAAACCUCACAUGCAGCAUUUGCUGGAGAAGAACCGCUUGUAUUGGGAGUCUCAGACGAAGGAACGAUGGCGACUGGUCUAA